AGGGAACCUAAGUACGAAUUCCAAAACUCUUCUAGAGUGGAACUUCGUGGUCGUUUAGAUCCUAAAUCCGUGAAAAUGGCUGAACGUUAUUUGGUUGGUGAGACCGUUGCCCCGGCUGGCAUGGUCGUCCCGGAAGGACUCAAGAAGAAGAUCGAGCGCAAUGGUGCUCUUUUGAAGGCCAAGAAGGAAGCCCUCGCUGACAUCAAGAAGCAGAACAAGGUCAAGCGUCACGAUUUGAAGCUCCGUGCCUCCAAGUACGAGAAGCAGUACCGCAAUGACGAGAAGCGCCUGAUCGCUCAGCGCCGAUUGGCUAAGGCUACUGGUAUUUUUAAGGACCACAAAGAAAGCUGAUCAAAAGCAUGAACCUGAAAUCUAAAGAUGGAAAGGAUUUUGCUUUUGGUUGUUGCGUGUUGAUUUAGGUUCUGGACUUCCCGUAGAAAUUUCGUAUAUAGGGAAUUUAGCGUUGUAUCUUAGUUUUGGAUCGUUCUAGAAGGAGAGAACAUCUUCACUGUGUCUCUCAUUUGUCCCAUAAAAACACCUAAAACAGCCAUCUUUCUCCUAUCCACCCCUCUUUGUUCUGCCCCGAAACCACCAUCUUCUCCCACCCGACAGGUAACUUCUUCGUCGAGCCGGAAGCCAAGAUGAUGUUCGUGAUCCGUAUCACCGGUAUCAACAAGAUGGCUCCGAAGCCGCGUAAGAUCUUCAAGCUCCUCCGUCUGGAUCAGCUCCACAAGGUACUAUUGCCUCCUAAACAAGACUACUCUGUCCUAGAAUCGGUUUGGGUUUCGACUCCACUCCGCCAUCAUGAUUCUUGAAUAAAGCCACUUAGAAAAUCGCAUGUGGUUGUAGUAGUAUGAAAGCUGGAUAAUUUAGAUUCUGUACUCCUCGCUGCCUUUCCGUCCACCCAUCCUGAUUUGUCCGCCACUCAUGUCACGUAGUUUGGAAGUUUCUAUCAUUUGGCAUUACCUAAGAUUCCUUCCUCCACAAAACUCCAACAGGGCGUCUUCGUCAAGUGCACCAAGCCGAUGAUGAACAUGCUCAAGUGCAUCAUGCCGUAUGUUGUUUGCGGUUACCCGAACUUGAAGACCGUCAAGAACCUCGUCCUCAAGCGCGGUUACGGACGUGUCAACAAGCAGCGUCUCCCCAUCCAGGACAACGAGAUGAUCUCCGCUGCCCUCGGACAGUAUGGCAUCCACGGCGUCGAUGACCUCGUUCACGAGAUCUUCACCGUCGGCCCGAACUUCAAGCAGGCCAACAGCUUCUUGUGGGCCUUCAAAUUGUCCUCCCCGAAUGGCGGAUGGGUCCUGAAGAAGCACGGAUUCCACGAGCCGAAGGGCGGAGACUGGGGUAACCGCGAAGAGCUCAUCAACGAAAUCGUGCGUCGUAUGAUGUAAGCCGGAGGCAAGAGGAGACCCAUCUUCUACAACUACUUGUUACUCGCUGUAAUAUAGUAGACGGACAACUUCAACUACUCAUAGUGGAGACGGUUGUUGUGAUGACCAACUAUGAAGCAUGAAGACGGACAGACGCUGAUACACCACUUUGAAGAGGGUCUCAUUUUUAGAUAAGUUUGGGUAGGUGAAAACCUCAAACAUGAACAAAUCGAGAAUGACACCUUUUGACGACUCGAAACGUGUUAUCAGCUAGUGCCAUACCAUAUUGACGGAUGAUCUAAACUUCAAAAGAAAGUCAGCCUGUGCGGUUAUCGACAGGUGCGGAACACCUGCGACGCGGGUGUUGUCCAUGCGAGGGGCGUGGUUCCUGUAUGCGUUCGAUGCUUCCGUUAACAAUUUACGU